AUGGGGAUAAUUGAGUUGAAGAGAGGAGAGGAGGGAAGGGGUGGGAUAAUGGGGAUAAUUGAGUUGAAGAGAGGAGAGGAGGGAAGGGGUGGGAUAAUGGGGAAAAUUGAGUUGAAGAGAGGAGUGGAAAGCAGUGGAAGAAUGGGACGGGUGGGAGGGGAUGGUGGAGCAGUGGAGAGAACAGUCACUGCAGGCGGGGGCGAGGACGCGGCGAGCCUGUUGGAGCUAGCAAGGCAGGAGGACCACGCACUCCCUGCAUCAGCGCAACAGCACCAUUUUCCUGAGAGGGAUCAUCAGCAGCAAUUCCCUGAGAGGGAGCAGCAGCAAUUCCCUGAGAGGGAGCCGCAGCAAUUCCCUGAAAGAGAGCAUCAGCAAUUCCCUGAGAAGAUACCUCAUGGCAGCGGUGUGUUUGGGGAGGAGGGAGUGGUUCUUGAUCGGCCAGGGGCAGAAGAGGAGAAGAGGACUGAGGUGAAGGCGAGUGUGGGGCAAGGGAAGGAGGAUGAGGAUGAGGAUGAGGAUGGGAAGGAUGGUGAUGAGGGUGACGAGGAGAAGGAGGAGAAGGAUGCGGGAGGGAAGAGUGAGGGAGGGCAAAAGGGGGAUGAGGAGGAGAGUGAUGAGGGGAGUGGAGAGGGGGAAGCGGGAGGCAAGAAGGAGAAGAAAGCAGGGGAUAAGGGUGAGAGCGAGGAUGAGGAGGACGGGGAGGAUGAUGAAGAGGAUGAUGAGGAGGAAGGGGGUGGGAAGGAAGGGAAGAAGGGACGCAGUGAAGCAGGUACAGGCAGCAGGAAGAAAGCGCAGGAUGAGGAGGGGGAGAAAGAAGACGAGGAGGACGAGGAGGAGAAGGAGGAGGAGAAGGAGGCGAAGGAGGAGGCGAGGGAGGGGGAGGAGGGCUCGCACAGCAGUGGGGAAGGAGCGGGGGAGGAGGACGAAGGGGCUGGGCCUGCAGAUGACAGUGCUGCUGGUGACGCUGGUGGUGAUGGUGGUGGUGGUGGCAGUGAGGGGGAGAACAGCAGCAGCGGGGGUGGGGAGGCCACAGGGGAGAGUGCGGGCUCGUCGGAGCAGCAGUCGGUCGCUGCCAAGGAAGUGGAGGCAGCAGCGGUAGCGGCGGAUCUGGUGGGCGAGCCGAUAGACGUGGAGGGGUGUCGGGGGCGCACGGUGUACAUUCACAAGCUUUCCCUUCCCCUCUCUCCCCCUUCCCCCUCGAUUUCCCUCUACUCUGCCCCUCUUAUUCAGAAAGCGGAGGCAGAAGCAGUUGCAGCAGACCCAGUGGGAGAGCCGAUAGACGUGGAGGGGUGUCGGGGGCGCACGGUGUACAUUCACAAGCUGGCUCAGGCGUACAACCGCGGGCUCGUCGAGCAGUGCGCCACGCUGCUACCCUGGUUCUCCAUCUGCCCGCACUUCCAGAACGACGGCUUGGGAAACCGAAUCCGCAACAGCAAGCUGCUUCUACCCUCUGGCCGAUGGUUCGAGACGCACAUGUGCGCCCUGCGGGAGGUGGUGUCCCACUACUGGCUCCACAUGUACGCCCUGGAGAUGGUGUUUCACUACCCCCUGUGCAAGGCGUACAAGUCCAUCACCAAUGACCCUGACAGGGCGGCCUUGUUCUUCAUCCCAUUCUACUCCUUGUCUCCCUCGUCCUCCUUCCUUGCUCUGUGGUUGCCAUACGCCCUGGAGAUGGUCUUUCACUACAGGCUGCGCAAGGCGUACAAGUGCAUCACGAGCGAUCCAGACAAAGCAGACCUCUUCUUCAUCCCUUUCUACGCCUCCCUGGACGUGACUCGCUGGCACUUCGCCAAGAACGCAUCGUUGGACGACCGUGACCGCAUGCAUGAUGGGCUCGCCAAGUGGCUCAUGAGAAGGGAGCACUUCAAGGUACAGGAGUUUGAACAGGUGUGGUGUGAGGGCAAGGGAGGUGUGGUUGAUGAGGAGCGAGCAUUCAAGAAGCGCAACGGAGCGGACCACUUCAUCGUGCUGGGGCAGGGCUCGUGGGACUUCAGGCGGUCAGAGGGGUCGCAGUGGGGCAACCGCCUGCUGCUGCUGCCCGAGAUGAAGCACGUGACGAAGCUAGUGCUGGCCGCCAACCUGUGGGAGGACACCGAGAUCGGCAUCCCCCCUCUCACCUUCUUCCACCCUCGCUGGGAGAAGGACUACAAGACAUGGCAGCGCAUAGCCGAGUCGCACCGGCGCACGUCGCUGGCCGCGUUUGCAUCGCUGAGGGACGCGUUCAGCAAGCACAACAAGGCACUGGGGCGGCAGUGCAAGAAAGCCAAGGCGUGCCGAUACCUGGAGUGCGUGGAGGACAUCUGCACGCGGCCAGAGGUGCUCAUGGAUCUAUUCACCGAUGCUGCCUUCUGCAUCGUACCAUCGGGCCACACGGGCGCCCGCAGGGCCGCCUUUGACGCCAUCGUGGCUGGCUGCAUCCCCGUCUUCCUCGACUCCUUCGUGCCCUCCCAGGUGAAUGCAGCACAGGUGCCCUCCCAGGUGAAUGCAGCACAGGUGCCCUCCCAGGUGAAUACAGCACAGGUGCCCUCCCAGAUGCCAUCGUUGCCGGCUGCAUCCCUGUCUUCCGCGACUCCACUCCCUCGUGACCCUCUUAGUAACCUCAGCACGCAGCUAAUUCUCAAAAUCAACUUCAUGCUAUCCCUCCCUCCAUCCGCCCCUCUCCCAUCCGCCCCUCUCCCAGUCCCCCCCUCCUCCUGCGUCGCAUACAAGUGGCACCUACCGGCCAACAGCAGCACCUACGCGGUGACGCUGAGUGAUCAUCAUUACAAGUGGCACCUACCGGCCAACAGCAGCACCUACUCGGUGACGCUGAGUGAGAAAGCAGUGUUGGCAGGCAAGGUUGACGUCAUCAAGGAGCUCGAGAAGAUUCCAGGAAAGGAGGUGCGGCGCAUGCGGUUGGGAAACAUAAGAGAGGUGUUGCCGGCAGGGGUGUACAACCAUCCGCGCAUGUAUCCCAUGGAACACAGGCGAGACGUUUCUUGUAUCGCCCUCCCCUCUUCCCCUCUUCGUUACCCUCCUCUUGCGCCUCCCCUUGUGCUCCCACUCUUUCUAGGCGAGACGCCUUUAAUUUUGCCCCCUCUUUUUCCCUCCCACUCCCUUAUUCGUUCCCCUUUCCGUCUUUCCUUCCCCGCUCUCUCUAGGUUGAAGAUCAUAAGGGAGGUGAUGCCGGCAGUGGUGUACAACCACCCGCGCAUGUAUCCCAUGGAACAAAAGCGAGACGCCUUUGAUAUUGCUAUGGAGGAGGUGGUGAGGCGAGUGCAGCGCAACAAGCAGGCAGCUGCUGCGGCCUGA